UCUGUUGUUCUCCGCGUUCCAGAUGUGAUGUUCUCUGCUUCUCAACUUCUCGACCAUGGCGCGGAAGAGACUUGAAUGGAUCCGGUGGGCCAGCUGCUGGAAAGACCGGGGUGAGAAACCCCUGCGCCACAGCCUCCGCCUCAACCAACCAAGCAUCCAAAACAACGCGAAGCCUCAAGGAAACCCUUCUUGGCCAUAACUGCAUUUCGAUCCGUUCCAUCAAGAACAACAAAAAGACAAGAGGCCAAAGACAAAAGAACAACAAGAGAACGACAAGAUAGAGAGAGAGAGAGAGAGAGAGAUGGGCAACAUUCAAACGCAACAUCACAGUGAAGGCAAGGAGCGUCGGCUCUUCUUUUCGUCUACGCCGUCUCACAACAGCAAGAACCAUGCGACGACAACACCGAAACCGGACUAUGUAUUUGGCACUCUGUGUUUGAACUCGUAUGCGGAUGUCUCUCGCGCCUUGAAAAAGAAGCAAGCCUCGAUGAUUCCCCGUCGACUACAAAUGGGUGGUAAAUUUCUGAAUUGCAUGACGGAUUUUCCAUCGAAACAUCACAAGCGCAUGAUGCGACGCGUAUUGCGUCGGGGUUGUUUGGAAAUAGCACUAGCGGGCAGCAAACCUCGUGCGCCACGACGCGUCUACGAGAAUGAACUCUCCUUUGUCCUGAGUCAUUUACAACAGGAAUGGAUUACUCACGUGCAAAUGGAGAAUCUCGAUAUUCAACCAUUGGUCGCCAAUAGCAACAACAACAACAGUCGUAUGAUCCGGAAUGCGCUGUCCAAAUUGCAAAAUCUAGAGACACUCACCAUUGAAUCCACGCGCAUGACAAUGGAAUUACUACAAGAUAUUCUCAAAGUGUUGGAACAGUCCUUGCCAAACUUGGAGCAUCUCACACUCAAUGUGUUUAUGCUCAGUCAAGAAGAAGCACCGAAUCAACAGCAUGUCAUGGAAGCCACUGUCACCAAGUUGAUUCAACAGGAACGACUCCAGUCACUGGCGCUGCCGUUCUAUCCCACAUCACUAGACUUUUGGAAGGCGGUCACUACCAGUACCAAACUAAACAGUCUCAGCAUGGAUUGUCACAACAUGACAAACUUAAAGCAGAUCAAACAAGUAUUGUUGGACAACACUUCUUCUCUGCAAAAGCUGGAACUGUCCAACUUGCCCAGUGAGACCAAAGACAAUGACAUGGUCACUCUCACACAAGGGUUGAAACGAAAUCAAACACUCAAGGCAUUGACAUUGAUCCUAUCAUCCAACAACAACAACAAACAACAACAAAGUAACAAUAACGAUGACACACAUUCGUUGCGCGACGAAGGAAUCGAAAGCAAGACCAACACCGCCCCUGGUAUCUUUGCCACAUCCAUGACAGAGCACGCCCAGGCGACCCGAUCCAUUCCGGAAUUGUUGACACCCGUGCUGGAGCAAGACAAUUUUACCCUGCAGGAUUUUGAACUCUACCGCGAUGAUAAUCACGAAGAAGAGCUUCCGCUCCGCAUUGCCACGCCGGAACUCGAAUUCUACACACAACUCAAUCGCAAGGAACGAUCGCAUCUCAUGAGAGGGAGUUCCACCGAACGAGAAUGGAAACAGGCAUUGAUUACCGCUGCCACUUGUAAGAGUCGAAGGCAUUAUCAGUACAGCGAGACGGAAGAUUUGGCCACACUCUAUUACUGGUUGCGAGUACAACCCACACAGUGGUGUUGCGCGGAGCAGCAGCAGUGAACGUAGUAGUUUGCAAACGAGCGAAGCAAAAGAAGCCAAUGCUACUGUGCAGAGCAGUGAA